UUUGGUUUCUCUUUGAAUACAGAAUGGGUUGAAUCAAAACAGAGACUCAGUAUUGGUAUAGUGUCUCCCUAUGCUGCUCAAGUAGUCGCAAUUAAGGACAGAGUGGGUAAGAAAUAUGAUAAGCUUGAUGGCUUUGAAGUGAAGGUAAAAACAGUUGAUGGGUUUCAAGGUGGGGAAGAGGACAUAAUUAUAAUGUCCACCGUACGAUCCAACAGCCAUCAAUCACUUCAGUUCAUUUCAAAAUCGCAGAGAGUUAAUGUCUCUCUUACAAGGGCUAGGCACUGUUUGUGGAUUUUGGGGAAUGAAAGAACUCUUUGCAAUGGUGAAUCUGUUUGGAAUGACUUGGUCCUUGAUGCCAAAAGUCGUCGAUGCUUCUUUAAUGCCGAUGAAGACAAGGAUUUAGCCAAGGCCAUAUUAGGGUUAAAGAAAGAGUUUGAUCAAUUUGAUGAUUUGCUCAAUGCCAACAGCAUACUUUUUAGAAGCGCUAGAUGGAAGGUACUUUUCAGUGAAUACUUUCUGAAGUCAUUCAAGAAACUGACAUCAGUCCGCUUGAAGAAGUUGGCGCUAAAUCUUCUACUGAAGCUUUCCAGUGGUUGGAGACCGAAGAGGCGAAGUGUUGAGACACUUUCUGGUACCUCUUCCAUGAUCUUGAAGAAAUUUAAAGUUGAAGGUCUGUACAUUGUUUGCACUAAUGACAUCUCAAAAAACCUACAAUACGUUCAAGUAUUAAAGAUCUGGGACAUCUUGCCUCUGGAGGAUAUCCCAAAGUUGAUAAACCGCCUGGAUGGUAUUUUCAACAGAUAUACUGAUAACUUUAUCAAUCUUUGCAAGGAGAAGUGUCUCGAUGGUGAUCUAGAGGUUCCAAAAAGCUGGUCACCGUCUUUGGAAUUUUCCCGGUUUAAGGAUCUUAGCAUCAGUGAAGCUCAGAGUGAUUUAGUUGGUGACACUUCUGAUUGUAGAAGCUGAUAAGCUCAUAAAUGUGUUAUGGAGCAAAGUAGAAGAAAGGAAGCUAAAUCAGUAAAUCUGCCUGUGCAGAUCAGUCAACUUCGACAUGAAACAGAGAGCAUCUCAGAAUGAACCAGACAGUGAGCUUUAUAUGGUUGGAAAGCCUUCGAUGUCUAGUUUCCAGAACUUUUGACGGUUCAUUCAUAUCAUUUUCCUACAAGAAGUUAUGGCUGAUUUAGUACAGCAAGGUCGGGCAGUCCGAGAAUCUGACACUUUGACGGAAAUCCAUGAUUUGAGGCCCGAAUUCGUUUUAGAAGCCCACCGACGAGUAUUAACCGAAUAUCUCUGUUUAUUAGAGAUAUAUGACAUAUUUUUAUGGGUGAAAAUUAUUAGGAAUCUUAGAGGAGAAGCUACUUGAAUCCUAAAAGGAAAAGAAGUGAAAAUCUCCUAACCUAAGCAAUAAAGGAGGGAGACGUUCAGUUGAGACGGAUGUUCUGCCGCACAAGAAAAAGAAGAAAGAACGACAUCUUCUGCCUUCAGCUAGCCGCCAUCUCUUCCUUUUCUUUUCUUUUAGUUUUUGUUUUCUUCAUGACUAUGU